AUGAUGGCUAUGACUAGAAGUCAUCGAGAAAAAAUCAACAUGAAAUUAAAUAACGUUACAAAGCAUUUUGAAAAAUAUCAACCUCAAUUAUAUGUAACAAGUAUUUUUAAUCAUACUAUAAUUAGAAAAUUAAUUCCAUCAUCCAAUACAUCUAUUGAACCUACAAUGAAUACACCAGAAUUACAAAAUGUUAAAUGUUCAAUAUCUGACUCUUAUUCAUUAUUGAAUAAUAACUUUAUUAGUAAUAAUAAUACACCAUUGAUACCUGAUUAUAAUUUAACACUAUCAAAUGAUUGGUCAUAUUUUUUAAAAAUAAAUCUUGAAAAUUAUAUUGAUAAAGCUUAUUUAUUUAAUAUGACUUUAAUACCACAAUUUAAAUUACAUGGUAACGUAAAAUCAAUAAAACAUUUACAUAAUUGUUAUGAACCAUAUUCUAUAAAUCAAUUACAACUAAUUGGUCAAUAUCAUAAUCCAAAUAAUAUUGAUGAUGAUAAAUUAAAUGUUAAUUAUAUAAAAGAAUAUUCUAUCAGAAAUAUACCUAAUCAAAAAGAUUGUGAAAAAUUAUGUUGGGCAAUUCGACAACCAUAUUUAUAUAAAAAUGGUGGAUUAUGGUUAUGGGAUAAAAAGUACAGAAUACUUUACGCUGAUUACAAUCAAACCUUAAUGGCCAUCGAACAAAGUGGCGUAAAUGAAAUCAAUUUGAACACUUUCACAGCAACGCGCCUACAAAUACCAAGUGAAGAAUAUUUGAGAUCUGAAGAAGGACUACAUUUUGUCAUGUUAAUUGGGUUUCAUAGGCAGGAUCGAGAACAAGCCAAAUGUAAUGCUGCCAUAAUGGGUGUGAUGGAUUUAUUAAGGAAAAAAUUGACACCAUAUAGCAUGUAG